AUGGAGAAGCUGGCGACCAGUCUCCACGACAUUCUGGAUCCAGAGCCUCCGCCGCCGACCAAGCCCUUCGUCCCCGUCUCUCUGAAACGCUCCGUCCUUCACGACGUGGCCCGCGGGCUCUCGUUCCUGCACAGCCACUCUCCGCCCAUCAUCCACCGCGACUUGUCGGCCAGAAACGUUCUCCUGAACGAGGGGAUGGUGGCCAAGAUAGCGGACCUGGGCAUGGCUCGCAUCGUGCCGAGUCUGCGAGCUUCCACCAUGACCAAGGCACCAGGAGCCUCCAUCUACAUGCCUCCAGAGGCUCUGGAAGACAAGUCAAGAUACGACGUAACAAUCGAUAUCUUUUCUCUCGGAGUUCUCGCAAUUUUCACUCUUUCCCAAAUGUUUCCAGAUCCUCUGGCGGCAGCAUAUAUCGACGACAGUGGGAGGAUGGUGGGUCGAACAGAGUUGGAGCGUCGUGGCAACUACAUGCGGGAGGUAACGAGGCAAUUCCGGGAGGGGCAUCCCCUGAUCCAAAUGAUCCAGCGGUGCCUGAAGAACCGGAUGAGAGAGAGACCAACCAUCCAGCGAGUGAUGGGGUUGCUGGAGGAAGCCAGAGCCGAGAUUGAAGAUGGUGAAUAUGACGUGAACAAACUGUCGCUGGCUCAACUGCUGCAGUCCACAUCCCUGGAGGAGCAAGUUCAGACUCUCCGAGCUGAAAAGACACUUAUGAAAAAGUCGCAAAAGACCACACCCACUCCAAAACAAGUCAUGUCAGGAGCCAGACCAUCCUCUUCUUACAAUCCAGAGAGUGGUGACUGGAGUGAGCUCCCCAGAUCUCCAGUGAAAGGGCUUUGCUAUGACCUCACUCAAUGGUCAGCUGAUCCUCGUGUCAAAGACUGGAUGUGGAUGCAGUCCCCGUUCCCCACCAUCGUCAUGGCAACGCUCUACCUGUUGUUUGUGCGGGUUGCCCCCGGUUACAUGAAGGACAGGGAGCCGUACCAAAUGAAGGCCUUUCUCUUUAUCUUCAACACAGCUAUUGUCCUUCUCAACGCUUACCUAACCAAGGAGAUGAUAGAGGGUAUGUUUGGUGCUGGGUACAACUGGAUCUGCACACCCAUGGCGUACUCCUAUCACCCUUCUCAGAUGAAGUGGUGUUUUUGA